AUGGAUCUAGCACAAUGGCUGGAAGAAAGUAAUGAAGUCAUAGCCUCAGGAAGUGUGACGUCAAGGAGAACUAACCUAGGCAGCUACCAAACCGUUCAAGAGGAGUUGAUGCGCCUUACUAUGGGACAUGGUGAUACACGUUCCUCCACUACCAUGGAGCGGAUUACUGAACAGUCAAGGACAUAUUUCACUAAGAGCAUGGGUUUAAAAUUAUAUGGUUCUCUCUCAGGGAAUAGGAUAGUUUUAGCAAUUGAUUUCGGGGCUACACAAAAUUUUAUUUCAGAAGAAUUGGCUAAGCAUCUAAGAUUGCCAAUACGAACGAAAAGAACAAUUUCAGUGCUGAUGGGACACGGUGUGCACAACAAGAGUAAAGGCGUUUGUAAGGGAAUCAAAUUGCUCAUUGAUGAUGUUGAGAUCGUUGAGGAAUUUCUCGUCCUAGAAUUGAACAAGACUGGAGCAGAGGUAAUCUUGGGUUAUGGGUGGCUCUCUAAGCUGGGAGAGACAAGUGUUAAUUGGCAAGAACGCAAAUUGUCAUUCCUUCACAACCAUAAAUGGAUCACUCUCGGCGGUACGGAUGAGAAGCUGUUGAUAAACAAUAGAAAAGUAAAGAUGAAGAGCGGAAAUGAGCAAGAAGGGACUGAAUAA